AUGGAACAAGAGCUUCGCGUGUUGCAGACCAAGUGGACCACACAACUCCCUGACCCACGGACGUUUCGUUUGGCGCAACAUUCGGCACGAGAAAAACAUCGCGCGCUUCGAACAGAGACGGUGCAACAUGAACUGCAACAGCUACUGCUCGAGCAACAAUUAUUGUUUGCUACAUUACAGACGGCAGUAUUGCGUGCACCACUUCAUUCCAAUGGUCAUGCAUUGUUCAAGGCCUUGCACUUUGAUACGCACCUUGGUCGUGAUUCGUAUGAGCGAGAAAAAAUGCUUUUCGCGCAUAAAGAACGUUCUCUUGCAACAUUGCCAUCAAUUGUCAACAAGUUUACACAGUUGGCAAUUGAUAAAGCUGUUGCUACAGAGCACACUGGCCAAAAACAUGGCAACUCGGUGAUGCCAUUGUCACAAAUUGACAUUACAGGAUGCAAUGAUUGUACGCUUAUUUCAAGCAUUUUCAUUUCCGAGAUCCCACAUACGUCACUGGAGGAAGUACAUGCAGCGGUAUUGGCGUACUUUGACGAUAUUCCAACGGCUAUGAAACGCCAUUUUAAUGUCAAUACUAAACGUGUCCGACUUAACAGUGUUGACUCGCCCGUAAUGUACCGUCGGUCGACAUUUCAUGGGGCGGGGUUACCUGCAAUCGUGAAUACUGUGGUUUGCUCCGAGCUGACACCGUCACACGGAAUGGUACAUAUCGAUGCGAUUCUUGACGACCCACUGCAUCCUGUUUGUAGAAAUACUUCAUCAAAAUAUGGAAUCUGUGGACUGACUCUCACACCUCGUAAAGAAGCUGUGACGGGGCGGACAAUGUCGGUGACGUUACGGUGGAUGGUUGUAUACAAUUACAACAUCCUGCCGGAUGACCCGGCUCUAAAGGACGACUUGGAGAUCAUCCGCCCUAUUCUGAACGGUGAUCUGCUUACAGCGACUAUAUGCGGGUACAUUCAAGAGCGACAGCAUCAGCAGAGGCCUAGGAUUCUGUAA